CGUGAUAUUUCAAACAUCAGAUCAGUGCGUUUAUGUAUUGGGUGCCCGGAAAUUUUUCCAAAUAAACACAGCUUGAUUCAACUUGGGUGGGCAGACUUAUCAACAGACUAAUUCUAUAAACAAAUGAAGGAUAACCGAGCACACCAUUGGCUGGUAGGCAGGGGACACGCGGGGAGAGAGAGAGACUCGAGGCUUUCGGCAAUGAAAAUUUAAUUAAUGUGGGUGGGCUGAGGGAACACAACGAGUGUUUAUCAUAGACAAUUUAUUUUCCAGCGCUAAGUCAACAUAAAACAGCAAAACGGACAACAAUUAUUUAACAGUUUAGACUCAUGAAGCGGACACACCGGUGGCGAUCUCCCCAGACUGAGACUGUCCUCCGAAGUCAUGAGUUUAUACCACAGCCCCGUGCCACAGUCCGGCGUGCCUGCGCCGGCUAUCACUCUCGCCAAUUCCUCCCUAAUCUAUGUUUACGGUGGAGAAGUUGGAGGCAUCAUUCCCGCUUUGGGAUUCGCGUCCAGCCGGCAGGAACCACCGCAGAAACCUCCCUACAGCUACAUCGCGCUCAUCGCGAUGGCAAUUAAAAACUCACCGGACAAGCGCGCAACGCUGAGCGGCAUCUAUCAGUUCAUCAUGGACCGCUUCCCCUAUUAUCAUGACAACAAGCAAGGCUGGCAGAACUCGAUCCGCCACAACCUGUCGCUGAACGACUGCUUCAUCAAAGUGCCCAGAGAAAAGGGACGACCGGGGAAGGGCAGCUACUGGACGCUGGACACCAAAUGCCUGGACAUGUUCGAGAACGGAAACUACCGGCGACGCAAGAGAAAGUGCAGGACUCAAGAGACGGGAGAGACUAAGAUGGGACACAAAAGAACCCGAGCGACGACCCUGAACUCUAAACUUCACCAAAGUGCUCUUUUGGAGAAAGAGCCGCCGCUUAAGGACUCGGAUAUAAGCAAACGGCAACACGAAAACCAUCCAGAAAGAGAUCUAAACAUCCAACCACAAACUAACGAACACGCCUCAAGCCCCACCAAAGACGGGUGUUUGGCCCCCUCGACCACAGCGGGCGCUGACCCAAGAUGCCCGGCGCCCGAACAGACCAGCACAGUGUCUCUAAACAGUCUUAAUGGGACAAACACUGCGCCCUUAAACGCGCAGGAGACGCCGGUAGCCGUGAUGAAUGACACAGGAAGUGCGCAAACUGGAGACGCCAAAUCCAAAGAGACGAAUCCUGAGACGCACCAACGAAAAACAACAGACAAAUCAAAGGAGUUCAGCAUAGACAGUAUUCUGUCAAAAAAGGAGAACCAGUUCCAGCGGAGGUGCGGCGUUGCCGGAGGAGCGCCGGUCGCGUGUUUGGAGUCGCAAUCACGUUACGCGCUCUCGUCCACGCUGCUAUACCCGCGCGGAUUCCCGCUCUGCUCCUACCUGUCUCUCACCUGUCCUGACAAAAUGCUGAACUUCAGAGAGAAAACAGAUGAGAAAUUAUUCUUUUGACGACCCUUUUAUGGCUUGACGAAUCCCAGACUGUAGCAAAUAAAUUGAUGUCUAAAGUUUCAGUGAAUUAAUUAACCUUAAUAUCUUCAGUGUUUUUUUAAUUUUUAAUUUUUAUGAUUAAUUGCAAACAAAAAGCAUUCAGGCUAAAACGUGUCAUUAUUUUUUUUACUACUACUACUAUUAUUGUUGUCGUUAUGGAACUCAACAUGGGUGGCCACUCUAAAGCACAGUAUACUGUACAGUAUACUAACAGUAGUUAAUUCUAAUGAUGUGUGUACUAUGAUCAAGAACGCACUCCUGGGCACAGAUGUCUUUGUAAAAUGAUAAUGUUUAUAUGAGCAAGGGUUUUAUAUGUUCCUCUUGGCGCUUAUGACAGAUACUUGACAAACUGCAAUGUGCUGUUGUUCUUUUCCUCUCCUCUACAACUAUACACAAAUCUCAAACUUGAUUUACUGCUUAAAGAUACAUUUGUGGAAAGAACAGAAAAUCAAUUGGGUUGUACCUUGGGCUUUCAAUGUAAGAUUUAUACUGAGUUAGAGAACUCAAUUCUUUAAAUAAACAGUGUGUAUGAGUACAACCUUGUUGAAAUAAACAUCUUCAGUUUCCUACACAAAAUAACCUGAUAUACUAUAUAUAUUAUAAAGUACAUGUGUGUGUAUGUAUUCAUGAAUGGAAGACCAUAUGUAAUUUAUAAACAGCCAACUCAACAAGUACUUGUUGCAAUAUGCAUAAUCCUGAACUGUGAAACUAGUCUACCACAUGUAUUCGUUGCCACCAUAUAUAGCCAUAAGGGGGUUUUUUUUAACUGAAAGGUCUAAGCCUCACUGAGUGCAAAUCAGGAAUGCUUGUGGAAAUAAAUAAGCUUCCCACAUUCAAGCAGAGGAACUCACAUCCACAAGCAUUUCCUGUGUAUAGGAUUCUUUUGGUCAGAAGUGUAAAUAGAGCGUCAUCCAUCUGAAGGUUUGUAGAGAGAAAGAGACUACAUCUCUCAAUCUGCUGCCUCCAUCUGUCCUCCUCUUCACAGAUGGGCUCCUUAGAUGGAGCAGUCUGCAGGACUGAAUUUGCCGUCCGUGAUCAUCAUGAAACUCUGCUAUCUCUGAGGUGAUCUGAAAGAUUAUGAAAAGAAGUUUCUUUCAUAUUCAGCAGAAUUUUUUGAUGACAUCAUUGUAACUUAUAUACUGGAUGAAAUACAUGAUUUUUAAGACCU